AUGGAUACUGCGAUUGCAGAGAUAAAGAAAGCAAUCGCCGAAGAGAUGCCACAUGAAAGUUGUUCUUUCACUCUCUGUAAAGCUAGUGUGUUUCCACCAACGUACAGAUUCAAAAUAAUCAUGAAUAGCGAUGCUGAUUUUGAUGAACUCUCUCACAUUCGAAAUACAUUUCGUCGCUUGCAAGAUGACCGCGUUCACAGCAGGGAUUAUCCUUGUGCACAAAGCUCAAAUCAAGAAUGGAACCAAGAAAGAAAAAUAAUCGAAUUUGACAUCGUUCCAGGGUUUCUCCUUCAAACAGAUUUAGUUCCUAAUCCGGACUCUUGGAUUCCAAUGACAUGUGACAGAUACGCUGUUAUGAAAUGGAUCCAUAAAGAACGUUAUGCAGAUGAUUAUCCUAGCCCUGACUUGCUCUGGAGGGAAAGCACAUGCGGAUACGAGAAACAUAUCAUCGAUAUUAGCUGUAGAAACGAAAGGUACCUCUACAUCCUCACAGCUUGUAGGGUUUUAAAGGCUUACAUAGACGGCUCUAGCGGCUGUUCACAGCUUUCAAGUCUCCUGUCGUCUUACCACUUGAAGAACAUUGCGAUCCACUGCAUUCUUCUGCAGAUUAAUAUUUCCAGCGUAAAGGAAGCUUUGGGCUACUUCAUGAUUUUUCUGGAGAUAGGCCUUGAAAAGGAGUUCUUGCCACACUAUUUUUACGGUAAUUCAAAUAUCGCUGAUAUGUUUUCAAUGCUCUCACCAAAGAUCGGCAGUAAACGUCUCAAUCUGCUGAAACAUAUCCCAGGAGAUCAUUUUGUACAGGCUCGGCUUUCUCUAGGACGGAUGCAAGCUGACUUGCGCCCACUUUACGCCGAAAGCUUUGAACUUUGUAACCCUAAGAAGAUAGAUUCUUUCAGAGAACUCUGCUCUGUGUAUGAUGAAAGCGGUAAAUGCAUUUUGAUGUAA